AUGAUGCUCAGCCCUGCCCUCCAGCAUCGGUCGGGCCUCACACCGCAAUCCCCGUUCCACCACCACCACAAUCACCACCACCACAACCCCUCGGCCUCGACCGCCAAACCGCCCUCCAUGGUCGUUCCCUCGACACAGAUACAGGAACCUUCUCAAUUACCAACCCCCAAUCAAUCGGGGCCGGCCACAAUGCCAACUGACGAAGAUGGCAACGACGGCUCGCCACAGGACUUUUCCGGUCGGGGGAAACGCCUGACACUCGCGGAGCAGAAGUCUCUCUUCCGCCUCUGCGAGCAGUACAUGAACCGCUACGACGCACACGAGUACCCCAAGAGCUUCUGGAUGAAAAUUUCAGAGUUACUCCUCAAAUCCACCGGUCGGAAGUACUCCUGGCAGUCGUGCCGGCGACGGAUGCAGCAGUACGUCGAGAAGCGAAAGACCUAUUGGGCAGCAUUCGACGCCGACAAGACCCUCCCCGAUCUAGGCGACAUGGACGAGGACCUGGCCUCCGACAUCGAUGACUGGAUGGGACGGUGCGAGCUGCGGCUCCAGAAAGAGGAGAAAGAGCGCAAGGACAAGGUGCAGCAGUCCGAGCUCGAGCAGGCGGAACUCGCGCGCGCCCUCAAGCUGCAGCGGACGUUCGAGUGGGCGAAGAAUCUGCCUCCCCCGGAGGAAAUGGAGCGCCAGCCGACCCACUGGGGAAUGCCUCCGCACCGAUUCGUUAUCAUGGACGGCCGAUUGCUUCAGGGGUUGGAUCUCGCGUUCCAUCUGUCCAAGGUCCGGCCGGAUGAAAGCCGGCAGUUGGCGCUCGACGCUGUCCUGCUCCACGGCGAUUUCGGCUACCCAUCAGCAGCAGCACACGACCUGAAACCCAAACCGGAUCCCUCUUUCCCUUGCCUUGGAAUCUUUAACCCUCGCGACAGGAAGCGGCCGCUCGACGCCGUCGACGGCGCUGCCUCGGAGCGACCCGCGCGGCGGCCCCGUACGGAUCUCGAUCCGCACCCCCAGCUCCAGCCCCAGGCUCAGGCUCAGGCUCAGGCUCAGGCUCAGCCUGCGGCCGGCGACAAACCCUCCGAGAAGAAAGAAUCGCCCGCUGCGAUGCUGGCACGGAAGAAUGUGGACCGCAUCGUCAACCAUCUCUGGCUGCAGUUCGCCAAGGGCAUCGCGCCGUACUACGAGGAGCAUCGGGACCAACCACAGACGAACAAGCAGUUCGGGCUGGUGCUGUACGAUCUCUACCGAGAUCUAGGCCGGGCUUUCACGAAGGCUGUCAACCGACUCGUGGAUCUGGAUUGGGAUUCCGAGUACGAAUCCGCAUCGGAAUAUUGA